AUGGGUGCUCCAUCAGAACAUAAAAACAUUCCAUUAAAUGAUUAUUCAGGGUAUAACCCUAAUGGAGCAGGAGCCUCACAGUCUUAUCGGCCACCGUCUCCACCGCCUCCAGCAUAUCAGGACGGCCUAGGGAACUCGACAGCAGUACCUGCUACCAAUAUGAAUAAUAAUAUGAACGAUAUACCUAUGGGACAAACAUUCUAUCAACCCCCUCCUACACCAAUGGAUCAUGCCCCACCUUUACCUGCCGACGAGCCAGACCAACGAAACCGAAUUGUACAAUUUUAUGCACCUCCUGACAAUCGUAGGCUUGGUGUAAUGAGAAGAUUGACAUCUUGUUUAUGCUGCAUAUGUAUUAUUGCGCUAGUGAUAGGUUUAGCUGCAGGUUUGACAACACAUCGAUACGACAAUAGAUAUUGUGAAUGCCGUACAAACAUGGACUGUAUGCAUUUAUAUGUGUGGAAUUGUACUGGUCAAAAGCAAGCUGAUUAA